CUUUUGGAUUUUGGCCAGAAAAACCACUUCUCUUCCUGAAGUUCUGCUUUGACACCUCUCAAGUCUUCAACCUUGGGCUCCUCGAAUGGCUUUCACCUUGCUAUAGAAUCAGCAUACGUCAUUGUUGUCAAAGCUCAAAACCCCUUUCCCCUCAGAAUCCAAAGCCAAUAUCCCACAGGUCUCAAGGUAAGGCAUUUCUUCAAUAAGCUUUUUUCUUGUUCUGUGUCCAUGCUUUACUGCAUAAAAACCAGAUACCAUUAGCCAUGAACCAACUACAGAAACUGAGAACUCCAUUAAUUCUCAAAUGGGUUUCUUUUGAUUUUGUUUUUAACCAUUCUAAAUCAUCAAAAUCGAUUCUUUGGGCAAGUGGGUCGUUCCACAUUGCUGAAAAGGUUAGGUUUUAUGCAACUAAAAAGUCUGCUAAAUCUAAAUUAGAAGAAGAAUGUCAUUUACCUCGUGCAGUGAGGAAAGAAGCACAAGCUGCUUUGUUAGAGUACUUGCAUUCCACAAGAAGUUUGCAGUUUAUGGAUGCUGAACACAUGAGUAAAAACUCACCCUUUUUCCUUUCCAAGUUGUUAGAAAGAGUGGAUAGUGAGACUGAUAUUCGUCAUUCUUUAACUCGAUUCUUGCGAUACCAUCCAAUCAAUGAAUUUGAACCAUUCUUUGAGAGCAUUGGUCUGAGACCUUCUCAGUACUUGGCAUUCCUUCCCAGAGAUUUGAUGUUCUUGAAUGAUGAUCAGAGGUUGCUCGAUAGCUAUCACGUCUUGUGUAAUUAUGGUAUUUCGCGAAAUAAGAUAGGAAGGAUUUUUGCUGAAGCUCAAGAAGUUUUUAGAUAUGAUCCUGGAGAGCUGGACUCGAAACUUCGUUCUUUUCACGGUGUUGGGCUAGAUCAGUCUGCUGUAGUUAAGCUUGUUAGUGCAAGUCCGCAUCUUUUGAUUGGGAAUGUACAUACUGAAUUUUUUGAAGUUGUUGAGAAAUUGAAGGGAGCGGGAGUGGAAUACAGUUGGAUUGAGGAGCAGUUGAAUGGAAAUUCCUUCAAUUGGAACCAGUUAUUCGAACUCAUGUGCUUCUUCAACAGGUUGGGGUUUACUGAUGAACAAUUAGGAAAACUAAUAUGUCAAAUUCCUGGUCUCCUGUUUGAUUGUUCCGGACGUACUACAUUUUCGCUAAUUGGAUUCUUGUUGAAAUUUGGUUUUCAGAAGCCCGAAUUACUUGAUGUAUUUCUACACUUCCCACAAAUUCCAGUAACGAAAUUUGUAUUCAAUAUGCGGCAAUGCUACCAGUUCUUGAUUGAAAUUGAGAUGUCUGUCCUAGAGAUAGGAAGUAUUGUUCAUGCUCACCCUAUAUUGCUAGGGUCGUGUGUUUUGAAGAAAGCUACCAGCCUGUUGACUAUCCUGAAUACUGGGAAGAAGCGGCUUUGUAGUGUGAUCAAGGAGAAUCCAGAAUUUUUGAGGAAUUUGGUUCGUGGAGCCAAAGUUGAACGAUUGCCAAUAGCUGAGGAGGAACUAAGAUCCAAAAUGAUGAAAACUAAGUUCCUUUUGGAUUUGGGUUUUGCUGAGAACUCGAGCGAAAUGGAGAAAGCUCUCAAAGUAUUUCGAGGAAAAGGGGUGGAGCUCCAAGAGAGGUUUGAUUGUUUGGUAAAUGCUGGUUUGGAUACAAAGCAUGUUGCGUCAGUGCUGAAAAUAUAUCCGCAAAUACUCAAUCAAAGGAAAGAGGUACUUGAAGCAAAGAUUGAUUUCCUUGUGAAUAAAUUGGGUUAUCCGCUGUCUGCUUUAGUUUCGUUUCCAUCUUACCUCAACUACACAAUUCCAAGAAUCACGCUUAGGCUUUCAAUGUAUAAUUGGCUCAGAGAUGAAGGAAUAGUGGAUUCAAAGUUGGCUUUGAGCACUAUCAUAGCUUCCUCAGAGAAAUUAUUCAUGAAGGCAUAUGUAAACCCUCAUCCUAAAGGCCUUCAAGUUUGGCAAGAUCUGAAAAAAGAGAUAUAUCCUGAUUAAGUGAUAGAUAUCCUAGUCGCUCCGUCUGGCUACAUUGGCAAGGGAAAGGUUGAAGCUUGAAGUCUAUUUAAAGUAGCAAUCUCCUGCUUAGGUUAAGAUGAGUACCAUUUCUAAAUGUGCUUAAACGAAAAAGGAGCAGGCAGCCAGGACUUCUUUUUUGAUAUGCUGACUUGAACCCACAACUGUAAGGUUCUAGGCAGAGGCGGAUCCAAAACUUUGGGAAGAUGGUGCACUAUUAUGAAGAGGUGCAUUUCAGAUCAAGGUAUUAAGCUAUAUGACAUGCAGCACGAAGCCCCAAAGCCAACUUUGCGUGCAUGCUGUGCACAUUGAUCAAUGCAGGAAGAGCUGUUAACAGAUCGGCAAUCUUUCUGGUUGAUCGCAAUAAGGGAAUCGGAGCCGGGAGGUGAACAACAUCAAAGUUCCAAAAGCAGCGCAGAAUCACUCUAACAAGUAAACAUCACGACAAGAAAUCUCUAAGGUCUUAUGGAAUCACAAGAUUCUGCACAAUUGUCUGUUUAACUUCAAGAAAACGAGCAAGGUCAAUAAGGCUGAAUGAAGGCUUUGACUCUUCCCUAUGCAUUCCAGCUAUGAGUUUGUUAGGGUCAAUGCUCUCAAGUAUCUCAGUGAAAACUCAGUUUUGUUCUGCUAAUAUGUAAACUUGGUUCUUCUGGUUCCUUUGUCCCAGCUUAUUCAACCAUGGAAAAACUACAUUUUUAUUUGUUUAUAGAGGAAUGAUUCUCUUGUAUGAGAACCGCCAUUUGCGCAAAAUUCUCCUCACUAAAUAGAGCGAUAAAAAAUUCUUAUUCCUCAUUCACUUUCAGUGCUCACCCUUCCCGGUAUGAAUGUGCCAAUGUGUAAUACACUGACAAGAACAAAGAAGGGUUGUUUCCUCAAAA